UUCUUUCUUCCACCUAUAAAUAAUCCGAUGCUCCACCGAGCUUGACUCCUCCUGGAGUUCGAACGUUGAACCGUUGACCCUAACUGACCAAAACGCUCCGCCUCUUACUGCGUCGUCGGCAGUCAAAGCUCCUGCGACUCGGUCCCAUUCCACCGGCGACGCUCUCCCUCACCCCGACGUGAUCCUUCUCCGGCUCGGACGCGAACGAUGUCUAGCAGUGGCGUGGAGCAGGUUCCGCUGCUCAAGGACGUCGAGAAGGACCGCUACGACGGGGUUAUAGUGAAGAUGAAGGAGCCGAUGGACCCGGAGGCCUUCCGAGCCUCUCUCAGAGCUUCGAUUUCGCAAUGGAGGCUGGAGGGGAAGAAGGGCGUGUGGAUCAAGUUGCCCAUUGGACUUUCGAACCUUGUACAUCCUGCUGUUGAGGAAGGGUUUUGGUACCACCAUGCUGAACCGGCUGCUAAACCGGAUGCUGAACCGGAUGCUAAACUGGAUGCUGAACCGGAUGCUAAAACGGCUUACCUCAUGCUUGUAUACUGGAUUCCCAACACCCCCAGCACUCUUCCUGCGAAUGCCUCCCAUAGAGUUGGAGUUGGCGGUUUUGUCAUGAAUAGCAAGAGAGAGGUCCUGGUAGUAAAGGAGACUAGUGGAAAACUCAAGGGAAUGUGGAAGCUCCCAACUGGAGUUGUCGACGAGGGUGAGGAUGUUCUUACAGCAGCUAGAAGGGAAGUUCUGGAAGAGACUGGAAUAGAGACAGAGACGGAUUCUGUGGAGGUCUUGGCAUUCAGGCAAAGCCACAAGUCAUUCUUCACCAAAUCAGAUUUGCUUUUUGUUUGCCUGCUGGUGCCAACGUCAUUUGAGAUCAAAAAGCAAAUUGCAGAGAUUGAGGCAGCCCAGUGGAUGCCAAUAGAUGCCUAUGCAGACCAGGCUUCUGUCAAGAAGAAUCAGCAGUUCUCCGCCAUUGCAGAGAUAUGCAUUAAGAGAUCGAAACAGCAAAUUACGGGUUUCACUCCCAAGGCCGCGACCACAGGCUCAGGCAAGAAGACUUACAUCUACUGCCCAAAGUAACUACAGCAUCAGGUAAAGCGGAAGUCUUUUUUAUAUGCCAUAGUAAGUUAGCAAAUGCGUCUGUAUGAGUCUUUUACUUCCUUGCAUUCAGUACGUGUUCAGUAUAUUGUUCUGUUUGGUGGCUGCAUCAAUCCAUGUCUUGUUACUGUUAUGAAAUCAUUUUCCUUACUAUUACUUUCCAGAACUCUGAAUCAAAUAACUAGUCGGCGUCGUAUUUUAUAACUAAGGAGUUAUUCUUA